CAUAUCAGAUGGAAGAAAUAUCAAAUAUCCCUUCUUCCUUCUCCAUACGCACGCAGCCAGGAGCAACUCUCGGAGUCGCAGCAGCAGAAGCAGCAGCAGCAGCCAUUUGUGCGUUGGAGUGAGAAGCGUGGCGGCAGAAUAAUGCCUCAAACCUUGUUGUUCCUCAAACCCCUUUCUUCAGCUCCAUCCAAUUCCACUCUCGGCUGGAGUAAACCAGAAAUAUGUGGAUAUUUAGUUGAUGUCAAGACAAAAAUCCAGAGAAGAGGAGGGGUGGUUUGUCUUGGUAUGCUGGCGCCUAGGAAGUUCAUGCAAAAGAGGAAGAAAAUUGAAGUUUUCAAAGAUGCAGCUCACGAAGCAGAUCAGAAGAACUGGAGGAAGCUGAUGACUGAAAUUGAUGAGGCUGGCUCUGCAGUUUCAGUUCUUAGAAGCCGAAGGACUAGAAAUGAGCCAAUUCCUAAAGACUUGAUUCUGGGUACCUUGGUUAGAUUCAAGCAGCUAAAGAAAUGGAACCUUGUUAGCGAGAUUCUUGAGUGGCUUCGAACUCAACAUUGGUGGGAUUUCAAUGAGAUGGAUUAUCUGAUGCUUAUUACGGCUUAUGGGAAGCUAGGGGACUUUAACAAGGUUGAAAGGGUUUUGAGUUACAUGACCAAGAAGGGUUAUCCACCAACUGUGAUAUCUCACACUGCUCUUAUGGAAGCAUAUGGAAGAGGAGGUGAAUACAAUAAGGCAGAAGCCAUAUUCCGAAGAAUGCAAUCAUCUGGCCCUGAACCUUCUGCCUUAACAUAUCAGAUAAUUCUCAAAAUAUUUGUUGAGGGGAACAAGUUUAAAGAGGCUGAGGAGAUCAUUGAAACCCUUCUGAAUGAGGAGACUUCACCUUUGAAACCUGACCAAAAACUGUUCCAUAUGAUGAUAUAUAUGUAUAGGAAAUCAGGAAGCUAUGAUAAAGCACGUAAAAUAACUGCACUAAUGGCUGAGCGAGGAGUGAAGAAAUCCACAGUCACUUAUAAUAGCUUGAUGUCAUUUGAAACAAAUUACAAGGAGGUCGCAAGGAUCUAUGAUGAGAUGCAAAGAGCCGGUGUUGCUCCUGAUGUUGUGAGCUAUGCAUUACUUGUUAAUGCUUACGGAAAAGCUAGAAGGGAAGAAGAAGCGUUGGCUGUUUUUGAGGAGAUGCUUGAUGCUGGUGUUAGGCCAACACACAAAGCUUAUAACAUCUUGCUUGACGCAUUUGCAAUCUCGGGAAUGGUGGAGCAAGCUCAAACCAUCUUCAAGAGCAUGCGGAGAGACAGAUGUACUCCUGAUCUCUGCUCUUAUACAACAAUGCUAUCAGCUUAUGUGAAUGCAUCUGACAUGGAGGGUGCAGAGAAAUUCUUCAGGAGGAUAAAACAGGACGGAUUUGAACCCAAUGUUGUGACUUAUGGGACACUGAUCAAAGGCUACGCAAAGGUCAAUAAUCUUGAAAAGAUGAUGGAGCAAUACGAAAAAAUGCGAGCUUGUGAUAUCAAAGCCAAUCAAACUAUAUUCACAACCAUCAUGGAUGCAUAUGGCAAGAAUAAGGACUUUGACAGUGCAGUUGUAUGGUACAAAGAGAUGGAGUUUUCUGGUGUUGUUCCUGAUCAGAAGGCAAAAAAUAUUCUUCUUUCUUUGGCAAAAACAGCAGAAGAACAGAUGGAAGCCAACCAGCUUGUAGGACACUCUAAUUCUUAUGCCAAAGAUGUGAAGGUUGUUGGGUUUCCUAAUUUUGUUGAUGAUGGUGAAGAUGAUGACUACAACGAUGAUUAUCUGGAGUCAUCCAUUUCUUUCCUUGAAGACGAGUUCAUUUCUUUUGGUGGUGACGGUCAACAGAAAGAAAGUGUCCUACAUGCUGCAAAUUUUGAUGGUUUGUGAACUGAUACCUUGUACGUGGAAGCACACAUGGAGACCUUGGCUCCUAAACAUGAUUAGAUAGUUUAAUGAACAUUUUUAUGCAAAUGAAUCAACCAAGUUUAUGUGGUGCCA